AUGCUAAAAGAAGGCAACUUCAUUGUUCACUGCCUACCAGCUCAUAUGAGUGGAGCGACGCAGUCUCUUGAUGUCUCUGUCUACUCCCAUUUGAAACAACAUCUGAGCAACAAGAUCUUAUCGGUGGCCGGAACCAGCGGGAAAGUUGAAUACGACCAAUUUGACUUCUCUUUCUUUACCACCCACACGUGCGAAGCCUCCUUCACCCCGCAGAACAUCAAAGCAGCGUUUCGCAAGACGGGCUUGUGGCCCAUCGAUUAUGCCAGAUUGCUGCACCGCCCAUUGCGUAUAGGUGGAGGAGAAAGGUGUUCUAGCACUACACAGCUCUCCAUGACUGCCAUGCAGUAG